CAGGAAAAGAAGCCCGCGCUCCGCAGCUCGCCCGGCGGGAGGCCCUCGCUCACGCGGCUUCUCCCUGACCUCUUAAUUUGAGGAGGUUUCAGAGGCUCCAAGUACCUAUACAGCCCCACAGAAACUACUUGUGUUGGACCCUGGAGGAUCAGCUUUCAGCAGCAUUAUUGUUACAUCUUCACCGCGCCUUCACCCAUAGGCUCUACCUUGGGUCUGAUUUCCACCAGUGAACUUUUUGGUGCUUUCUUUAAUCAUGUGACACCACCACUUGCCCGCCUUUCUCCUUUCCAGUAGUCAAAUCCAUUAGUUAUAAAUUUGUUGCGUUCAAAUAACAGUUUCCUGCCUGUGCACUUUCACCUCCUUUGCACCUUUCACUUCACCUUAACUUGCUGUUAUUCUUUUCCUAAGCACUUUCCUGUGCAACCUAUACUAGUCCUUUGCUUAGAAGAGACAGCAUUUGUUACAGUUCACUGCCUGACAAAAACAACUUGAGGAAUUAAGUUUUCUCCUCUUUUCCCGUAUGUCAAGUUUGCAAGUUUUUUCUUGACUUAAACUCUUCUCCUACACAUGGCCCAAAAUAUUCAACCUGAGUCUUAGUGGCUUUAACAAAGAGCCUUACCUGCACGGAUGGCAGAUUUGAGUAUGCAGUAGGACCCUUUUAAAGAUCUUAGUAGUGUAGUAUUGAUUCAGUUUCUAGCCUUUCAUAAGACUGCACCUUAUAAAAACACUAUGUGAGGAAGAAAGAUGGAAUUAAUUGGAGCGAUUCCUCAUAGGAACUAUGUAAGUUUUAAAGUCCAAGUGAAGAGAUUCUUUUAGACCUGGUCUGGAAAGUGGCCAUCACACUAAGUCCUAGGGCACAAAUGAGUGAUGUUAAGAUUCUAUUUUCUAGACUCUAUUCAAGUCUAAGUUGUUAAUUAUCUUGUAGUAAUCACUUGAAAUAUUAGACACUUAAAAUGUUGGGGAAACGUAAGCGUGUGGUAUUGACAAUUAAAGACAAACUUGACAUUAUUAAGAAACUUGAGGAAGGCAUCUCUUUCAAAAAACUUUCUGUGGUGUAUGGGAUUGGUGAGUCUACAGUUCGUGAUAUUAAAAAGAACAAAGAAAGGAUUAUAAACUAUGCAAACAGUUCAGAUCCCACGAGUGGGGUGUCCAAACGUAAAUCUAUGAAGUCGUCAACCUAUGAGGAACUUGAUAGAGUGAUGAUAGAGUGGUUUAACCAACAGAAGACAGAUGGGGUUCCAGUAUCCGGAACUAUUUGUGCAAAGCAAGCCAAGUUCUUCUUUGAUGCUUUGGGGAUGGAAGGUGAUUUUAACGCGUCAUCUGGCUGGCUAACUCGAUUCAAACAGCGCCAUGGUAUCCCAAAGGCUGCUGGUAAAGGAACAAAAUUAAAAGGAGAUGAAACUGCUGCCAGUGAAUUUUGUGGUACCUUUCAGGAAUUUGUUGAGAGAGAAAAUCUACAACCAGAGCAAAUUUAUGGUGCUGAUCAAACGGGGUUGUUCUGGAAAUGUCUACCAUCGAGGACUUUAGUUCUUGACACUGAGCGAAAUACUUCAGAGUACAGGUCAAGCAGAGAGAGAAUUAUUAUAAUGUGUUGUGCAAAUGCCACAGGCUUACACAAACUUAAUCUUUGUGUUGUGGGGAAAGCAAAAAAACCCCGUGCAUUCAAAGGAACUGACCUUUCCAACCUUCCUGUCACUUACUUCAGUCAAAAAGGUGCGUGGAUAGAACAGUCUGUUUUCAGACAGUGGUUUGAUAAAUAUUUUGUUCCACAGGUUCAGAAGCAUUUGAGAUCCAAGGGUCUUCUAGAAAAAGCAGUGCUCCUUUUAGAUUUUCCCCCAGCACAUCCAAAUGAAGAACUGUUGAGUUCAGAUGAUGGCAAAAUAAUUGUAAAGUAUUUGCCAGCAAAUGUCACAAGUCUAAUUCAACCAAUGAGCCAGGGAGUUUUAGCCACAGUAAAAAGAUACUACCGAGCAGGACUUCUCCAGAAGUAUAUGGAUGAAGGAAUCGACCCAAAAAUGUUUUGGAAGAACUUGACAGUGUUGGAUGCAAUUCAUGAGGUGUCCAGGUCUUGGAACAUGAUAAAAGCAAGUACCAUAACCAAAGCAUGGAGAAAACUCUUCCCUGGCAAUGGAGAAAAUUCGGUUAUGAACAUUGAUGAAGGAGCCAUUUUAGCCGCUAACUUAGCAACAGUUUUACAGAAUACAGAAGACUGUGAACACGUUGACAUUGAGAAUAUUGAUCAGUGGUUUGACUCUCAGAGUAACGACUCAAGCUGUCAGGUGCUGACGGACAGUGAAAGUGCUGAGGAUCAGGCCACAGCUGCUGAGUGGAAGCCUUCCAGUAAGACUAGAAGAUCAGAACUGAAUCCUGAGAAGCAUAUUAGCCAUAAAGCUGCACUUGAAUGGACUGAAAAUUUACUGAGUUACCUAGAACAACAAGAUGACAUGCUUCUGUCUGAUAAAUUGGUAUUACGGAGGCUUCGGACCAUAAUAAGAAGAAAACAGAAGGUCCAAAAUAACAAAAAUCAUAGUGCUCUAUGAAUGAAUUCAUAGUAUUUCAGUGUGUUUUCAUCCUUGUAAUUAUAUCUGCAUUGGAGCUUAUCUUGUUUGAAGCGCUGUGGAUUCUAAGGCCAAAUACAUUUUAUAAAUGAAUUUAGGACUAGAUGCCAUUUUGGAGCACCUAAAUCACAACUCUUUAAUGUGGACUCCGGUAACUGAGCAUAAUCAUGUAAAUUAGUCUACUGUUUUUAAUCUGUAUUAUACUAACUAGAUUAUAAGGUACCUAAGGCCAGGGAUCUCUGUUUUGUGCCUAAAUUUCAGUGUGUCUAAUAAAAGUCCAUGCACAUUAU